AUGCGCAAGUGUGGUGUGCACGUGCACCCUCGUGUAUUGAUCGGAGUUAGUAUAGUAGAUCGACAAAUGGCGAGCGGUGUGUGUUGGUCUGUUCUGCUGGUUUUACUGUUGGCGGUAGCGGACAAAGCUCGUGCCCAGGACAGCGAUGUCAUAGAAUUAGAUUCGGCGAAUUUCGACGACGAGAUAGCUGACCGAGACAUCGUAUUGGUCGAGUUCUACGCUCCAUGGUGUGGCCACUGCAAGAGACUGGCCCCGGAGUACGAGGCGGCUGCUACUGAGCUGACUCUGGAGGACCAGCCAAUUCCCCUUGGUAAGGUCGACUGCCCCGCCAACUCGGACCUCUGCGGCCGUUUCGGAGUGACAGGCUACCCAACACUCAAGAUAUUCCGUGGAGGAGAGUUCAGUGCCGACUACGCAGGACCACGGACCUCUGAUGGCAUCGUUAGCUACAUGAAGAAACAGGGAGGCCCUAGUUCCAGAGAGUUUAAAGAUGUGGAUGGACUGAAGGAUUUUCUGAAGCACUCUGAACACAGCAUCGUCGGUUUCUUCACAGACUCCUCAGGGAAACUGGCCAAAACCUUCAAGACUCUGGCAGAUGGUCUCAGAGAGUCCUUCAGAUUUGCCCACUCCACCUCUGAGGCUGUCCUCGCAGAGUUUGGCUACACCGAUCACGUGGUGAUAUUCCAGCCUCCACAGCUCCACACUAAACUGGAGGAGAAUGUGGUGGUCUAUGAUGGUGCAGAAAGCUUGCUGAUCUCAAAUCAUUUGUCAAGACCAGAUUCAUGGGCCUGGCUGGUGUACGUAAUCAGGACAACAGACAAUUCUUUGAUGCUCAGAGUCCCUUGGCUGUUGUCUACUACGACGUUAACUACGAACACAAUCCUAAAGGCAGUAACUACUGGAGGAACAGGGUCAUCAAGGUUGCCAAGGAUUUUGUGGGAGAGGUUAACUUUGCUGUUUCCAGUAAGGCAGCAAUGGGAGGCGAGCUGCAGCAGUUUGGGAUUGGGCCUGACCAGGAGGUCGGGGUGGGUGUUUUUGACAGUCAGGGUCGCAAGUAUGCCAUGA